ACACUUCAAAUAAACUCGGGUUCUUUUGCAUACUUUCCCCUGUACUAGUGCAUUUAGCGUUUUCCUCGGUACCUCCACUUGAUAUCGUCCGAUGGCCGGAUUGGGCUACUGUACCCUUGGUUUGCGCGCUAUCAAAUCCAGGAUGCGAACCACUAAUGACACCAAAUACGAAAAGUGGGACACAGCUCGAUCGCCAUGAUUCGCAGCAGACCAAGUGUCAAUCAUGUCUUGACGUCAAAGACCCCGGUGUCCUGCUAGCAAAUGUUCAAACUUGACUUACUAUGCGAAUUCUAAGAGGAAAUUUCUGCACCGACUUGCAUCGACCGACCACCUAUCCGAUUUCACAAAUGAAUUAGUCCCACAAGAACAUUCAUGAGUUCGGCUAAGCGAUCGGUGUACCGGAUCACCGUUUUGCAGAAUGCAGUGUGUAGAUCAUGGCUUGAUUUUGGUCUAGAUCACUCGAUCACUGCCGUAUCGGCUAUUUGACUUGUCAAUCAGUGCUUCCUUUUUCUCCAACCUCCCAUUAGAACAUUUCAUUUUCUUCCUUCACUUAUUUCACCCCUUACUCGCAGUUUCAUGCAUGGGAUCCAACCCAAGACUCAGUCACUCGUUACUUACCACGCGGGCCUCGGACGACGAGCUACAUCCAAAAAACAGUAGUUUCAGCUCCGUGGAAAAAUAUAUUAUAUCAGUGUUUGUCGCCGUCGCCUGGUACAAUGCUAUUGAGUUGAUCGUUUUCUGUCUGUCGACGUUCAAGUUCUACCGAGGAUGGUAUUUCUGGAGCUUGUUCAUUGCAUCGUUCAGCCUCUUCCCAAUAUGUCUGGGUUACAUAUUCUACAUUUUUUAUCCCGGGAUACCGUAUUAUCUCUCGAUCUCCUUGAUCAUUGUGAGCUGGUCUUGUAUGGUAACAGGCCAUUCUCUCGUUCUAUGGUCGCGAUUACACCUUAUCAUACACUCCCCCAGAGUGCUCCACCUGACGCUUGCAAUGAUUGUUCUUGACGGAUUUGUACUCCAUAUCUCCACGGCCGUCCUACUGUACGGGAGCCACUCACAUAAUGUCCUCAUGGCGAGCCGGUCUACGAGAGGGUAUAAUAUUAUGGAGCGGGUUCAGCUGGUAGUGUUCUGCGUCCAAGAAUUGGUGAUCUCCGGCAUAUACCUGUGGGAAACGGCAAAGAUGCUGCGCUUGAAUCCCAGCCCACUUCACUAUAAAAUUCUCAGCCAGUUCUUGGUUAUCAAUAUUUUUAUCAUUAUACUCGACGUGGCUGUUGUCGGGAUUCAAUUCGCAGGAUACUAUGCCCUUCAAGUGACCUUCAAACCGGUGGCGUACAGCCUCAAGUUUAAACUAGAAUACGCUAUUCUGGGCCGCUUAAUAGCUCUUGCCACGAGUCCCUCCAAUUCUGAGCCAUUCCCGUCUACUUCGCUGGGGUCGACCGGCGUAAUUGAAAGCCGGUCUGGUCAUGGGACGCGACAUCGGUGCGUUUCAUUGGAGCCUUCCGAGCGAGGGCAGGAAAAAUAAAGGCUUUGGCGUGAAUGCUUUUUAUAGACAGUUAUCAAAGAGUUCAAAAC